CGACGGCAAAGCUACCUGUCUCACUUACCCUCGGGGCAUACCUUACUACCAAUUGUUGAGAAAUGCUUAGCAAAUAAUCCACAGGGCAGGCCAGAGUCAAGUGAACUAGUGACAGAUAUUGAAGCAGCUGGUCCUCCUUCUCCUUAUCCAUUGAGUAAAGGAGGGAUAUUGAUGAUACUAGAGAAACUGAAUGAAAAGGAAAAGCAAACACAAGAAGCCAUUGAAAAAAGAACAAAGAACCAUCAUGUUAUAACACCUGGCAAUGUAGACGAAUGUGGCAAAGAUGUCACACAACUCAAAGCUCAAGUUUCCUCUGGUUUGGAAAAGAUUGCUAAACGCGAUAAAAUAAUCAUAACUCAAGUACAAAGGAUUGCGGAGCUAGAGAGAGAAGUAAGUGUAACAGAUGCUGUUGUAAAGGCACUUGAAGACAUCAAGAAAGAGAAGGAAGCUGAGAUCAAUAGCAUAACGCUAGCCUACAAAAAAGAGAAGAACAAGAAAGUUAGAGAGUUGAAUCACAUAAAGGCACUCCGAGAUGCGAAAGAAACUAUUAAAAACCUUCAAAACGAAAUGGCCGGGAUUCGAGAGGAGCAAAGUCGCAACGAGGCAAUAAUGUUCAACCAGCAGGCGCAACUAGAGUCAUGCCAGCAGUCCCUUGAGACUGCUAGAGCUGCUAAUAAUAAGAGUCUUCAAAGUAGACUAGAUGAGUUGCAACGUCUACAUGAGAGUAUCCUUAAUGAGAGAGAUGAGCUGAACGACAAGUAUCAAUCAGAUAUUUCAGCUCUUACUGAGAUAAACAAUGUACAUAUGCUACAGAGGAGGGCUCAGGAUUUGAAGUGUGAUGAUCUCGUAUUGGAAAAUAAAAUGCUUAAUGAUGAUUUAGUGUUGUUAAAGGCAGCACUCGAUGACACCAUGUUCAGAAUCAAAGAGCAGCAAAAGGUGAUAGAUGAGCUAUUAUGCAGUCAAGAGAAAAAAUUACCCACCAUUAGGAAUGUUAUAGGUACACCUCUUCAUCAACAAAAAAAGAUUUUUGACUCUUUGAUGAAGCAAAAACUAGUAAAGGAUGAUAUAUGGUGCCUAGUUAGCUGUCAUUGGUUUGAGAAGUGGACCAAGUUCAUUGAUAUUGCUCUUAAAGCUGGAACUGACGGCUGCAACAAGAGCUCUCAUCCUGGGCCUGUCACUAACUUCACUCUUAUAAAGUUUAUCAACUUUCAAGCACCAAAACUAAAGAAAGACUUGUCAGAAAGCUUAGACUACAAGUUGAUCCCAGAGAUUGGCUGGGACCUCCUAAUACAAUGGUAUGGGAUAAGUGAAAAGUCAAUGAGACUAUCAAGAAAAGUUAUAAAGGUUCAAAAACAUGCAAUUGGAAAGCUUAUGAUUGAAGUAUAUCCAGUUACAGUACUGGUUCAACUCAUUUUUCCUGAGAGUCCGGAUGUUGAUAGAAUUCAUUAUGAAGUCAGCAGAGAUGAUACAGUUGCAUUUGUGAUAGAGAAGCUAAGGGAACUGCUUCAAGUAUCUGCUGUGAAUGAGACACAUCUUUGGCUCCAACAUUUAGACAAGAAAGUAUUACUUCAAGAAACUGACACAAUGGGAGACAAUAGAUCACUUUCCUCUGUUGAAGACAAUGACACACUUAUUCUUGAAGUUAAGAAAGGGGACAAAUGGACAAUUUAAGUUUUUAAUAAACUGCUUUAUUUCUCUCACUUUCUCUACUGAGUGAUUCUGGGUGUUUUAUUUUCUGUAUAUAAACUUUUGAUUGCCUUAUAAAUAUCAAUUGCUAUUAUGAAUUGGUUUGUUAAUGAUAUCCACCACUCUAUGUGUUUACUUGUA